CUGAAAAAGGAAGCCGAAAAUACGCACAGGCCGCUCCCGGCAGAUUAUCAGAAGCUAGGUAGUUGCUGCGAAGCUAUGUGGAUGGCUGGGCAGCGAUCGGAUAAGCGCCGCGUCAGCCGAUCAACUCGACGAACUUGACGAUUCCCUGUGGCCUUUCUAUUUGGAAUCAAGGAGCUGGUUACCACGACUGACCAUGGGAAAUAAUCACAGCAACAGCCUGGGGAUUCCCACUGGAAAAGGGCCCAAUCAGGUUGGGUGUGCUGACCUCAUGGUGGACCAUACCAUACAGGGAACCUUUCUUCGGCUGUAUUACCCGUGUGAACCAUCAUCGCACUCUGAACAGCCCGUCUGGAUACCAGCCGCAGAAUAUUUCAGUGGCCUUUCUGACUUCAUGAAGAUUAACAGGAUCGUGGGCACUAGGAUUAUCAGUUAUCUGUUUGGAUGCUAUAAAACACCUGCCCUUUGGGAAGCACCACUGAAGUCCGACGGGAAGUAUCCUCUAGUUAUCUUCUCUCAUGGACUCGGAGCUUUCCGAACAUUAUACUCGGGCAUAUGUAUUGAGAUUGCAUCCCAGGGGUUCAUAGUCGCAGCCGUGGAGCACAGGGAUGAAUCUGCUUCUGCUACAUAUUAUUUCAAUAAAAAAUGUGAGAUUGAGCAACAGGAUGACCAGGCCUCUGACAACUUGGAGCAGGUCUGGAUGUACUACAGACCUUUAAAACCAGGGGAAGAUGAAUUUUCUCUUCGGAACAAACAGGUACAUCAGAGAGCAGAUGAAUGUAUGAGAGCCUUGAAACUUAUUGCUGAAAUGAACUCUGGACGUAUUGUUAACAACGUCUUGCAAUCACAUUUUGACUGGUCAACAUUAAAGAACUCUGUCGAUCUGUGUAAAACAGCCAUAAUGGGCCAUUCGUUCGGGGGAGCGACGGUGAUUGAAACCCUCAGCAAGGAGCCAACUUUCAAAUGUGGCAUUGCUUUGGAUAGCUGGAUGUUCCCCUUAGAUGAAGAAAUGUUCCCUGGGGUCAAACAACCGAUUCUGUUCAUCAACUCUGAGAAGUUCCAGUGGGCAGGGAACAUCAUUCGCAUGAAGAAACUGGACUGUACCACUGUACAAAGAAAAAUGAUCACUAUCAGGGGAUCUGUUCAUCAGAGCUUCCCAGAUUUCACCUUUCUUACCGGCAACUGGAUCGGAAAGAUGGCACACUUGAAGGGCGAGAUUGACCCCCACAUAGCGCUUGAUCUGUCUAAUAGGGCGUCCUUGGCAUUCCUUCAGAGACACUUGUCACUGGAAAAAGACUUCAAUCAGUGGGACCCUCUAAUUGAUGGAAAGGAUGAAAAUCUUAUUCCAGGCACCAACCUCAUGAUUCCUCCAUCUUUACUGUAAAGGGGAACCUGACUUCCUCCAUCAUCACUGUGAAGGGGAACCUGACAUGAGUGUCAAUCCUGAACUAUAUUGCCAUAUUUCAUGUUGUUCAGAACUCUGCAAAUUGCAAUGCUAGAGAACAUUGCAAGUAUGUGGUCAUAUUUUUUCUAACACUCAACUGACUAUAUAAGCAUUGAAUAACAGCCAAGUAAAUGACACGUGACUUUCAUGCUCUCAGCACCAGUACUUACACAAUGUCCUCUUCAGUGAGGGCGGGGGGGGGGGAGUCUUGCACAGAAAAGUUAAGCAAUGAUUUCAUGCACCUUUCUUAAAAAGUAUGUUUUAUAUCAGAUAACUAUAUCCAGGUAGAUAUGCUGAAGUAUUCACACUACAUUUCCUUGAUUAUGAAAUUUCGAAGGCAUUAACUUUAAUAGUCUUUUCUCUUACUUUGCUUAUAGGCAAAGGUCCUAUAUUACAAAAUGACUGAGGUAUGAGUAAUACAAUCAUUAAUUAAAAUUGACUUCACAGUAUAUGUAUUUUGUAAUGUUGAUUCAAUAUGCUGAAAUUAGUGUUCAAAAUUAUGGUAAAUGACCCUUCAAAUGAAA